UCACUCGUAUCGUAAGAUUGUUGACUCCAACACGCAAACAACAAAAACAAAAACAAAAAGAAAAACCUAAUUUUCUGGAAGAUAAAGCUUAACGGAAAGCGAAAGCAAGCUCGUUUUUUUUUAAGGGCUUCCAGCUUUUGAUAUUGUGGGUUUUACGAACGCGCAAUAAUAGCGUGAGACGUUAAUAUAGUUCUUCUUUUAUUUAAGGAUUGUAUUUUCCUUCAGUCUUGUUUUUACAGAUACUGAUAUUGAAACGAAGCAGAGAUGUGUAGUCUGGCGACAAAUCUCUUAUUCCCAUCGAAGAUGAAACCCGCUUUUACAGAGAAACAGAGCACUAGCUCACUCUUCGUUACUACAAAUAACAGAUCCAAGAUGAAGAACAGAUCUGCUGUUCCUGUUGCAAGAUUAUUUGGACCGGCGAUUUUUGAAGCCUCCAAAUUGAAAGUAUCAUUCUUAGGAGUUGAUGAGAAGAAGCAUCCAUCAAAGCUCCCAAGAACUUACACUCUUACUCACAGUGACAUAACCGCUAAGCUAACUUUAGCUAUUUCUCAAUCUAUCAAUAAUUCUCAGUUGCAGGGAUGGGCUAAUAGAUUGUUCCGGGACGAAGUAGUGGCCGAGUGGAAGAAAGUGAAGGGUAAAAUGUCUCUUCACGUUCAUUGCCACAUUAGCGGAGGCCAUUUCCUUUUGGAUCUCAUAGCGAAGCUUCGGUACUACAUAUUUUGUAAGGAAUUACCGGUGGUAUUGAAAGCUUUUGUUCAUGGGGACGGGAACUUGUUGAAUAGUUACCCUGAGCUACAAGAAUCUCCCGUUUGGGUUUAUUUCCAUUCAAACAUCCCCGAGUACAAUAAGGUUGAAUGUUGGGGGCCGCUUUGGGAGGCCACGCAGCACAACCACGAUGGAAAUAGAACACGCAAAAAAUGUGAAACUCUGCCGGAGCUAGCAUGUCCCGAUGAGUGCAAGUGUUGCUUUCCGUCGGUUAGCACGAUCCCAUGGUCUCAUCGUCAUUAUCAACAUGGCAGAGGGGAUGAGAAUGAGAAUUUCGUGGGUGGCUAGUUGGGAAUACCUAUCCCAAACUCUGAGAAAUUGAAGUGAUAGAUCUCGUGAGGAUAUUUCUUUUUCUUUGUCCUUUGGUGGUUAGGAAAAGUUGGAAGGAAUGUGAAAGUUAUUUGUUUAGUGUUAACAGUAAGUAGAUGGAAGUUGUACAACAGUGUUAGUAUUACUAUCCUUUGUAUUAUAUAUUUACGAAGUCCAUGUAGAAAUAAAGACUUUGCUACGUGUGUUAAA